GCUUGCGCACGGGUGCAGCUGAGGUCUUCACUCGCCACUGUUGGGGUCUGCCCUCGUGGGGACGCCUUUGCUCUACCUUUAUGAGUCGGCCGGGCCCAGGGUUGGGAAGUUCGAGGGGCGCUGGGAUAAUCAAGCAAAAGAAAGAUGAGCUUCAUGAACUAUGGAUUGCAGUCUGCUAUUAGAAACUGUGUUUUCUUCCGAUUUAAUUUGCUGACCAACUGGAGAAGAUGUAACACACUAGCUGUAACCUCACUGGACUGUCAUCAAGUACAAAUUAACCAUAUAGUAAAUAAGUAUCAGGGCCUGGGAAUAAAUCAUUGUGAUAAAUUGACUUCUCUGCCUGGAAACUUGCAUUUCUGUAGGACCUUUAAUAACAAAAGAACAGGAUACCUCUCCAGUAUAAAAAAUAAGGACAUUUGGAUGACUACCCGAAAAUGUACUGCAUGGAGUGACUCUUUUUCAAGACAGAAAAUGAUAAAAGUUGCAGUUCCUGCUCCUUCAGUAUUGCAUCCUCUAAACUGUUUUACCAUUGGACACAUCAGGAGUUUUCACACUUCUGCACAGUUUCAAGCCGCUCCUGUUCCUCUCUUGUGGAUAAUUCUUAAACCAGUGCAGAAACUACUUGCGAUCAUUAUUGGCAGGGGCAUAAGGAAAUGGUGGCUCGCACUUCCUCCCAACAAGAAGGAACUGUUUAAAGAAAGUGUAAGGAAGAAUAAAUGGAAGUUAUUCCUGGGUUUGAGUAGUUUUGGGUUGCUCUUCGUAGUGUUUUAUUUUACUCAUCUGGAAGUGAGUCCAAUCACAGGAAGGACCAAGCUACUACUCUUGAGGAAAGAACAUUUCAGUCUUUUAUCAGAACUGGAAUAUGAAGCAUACAUGGAAGAAUUUAAAAAUGAUAUGCUAACUGAGAAAGAUGCCCAAUACCUGACCGUUAAAGAAGUGUUUUAUCAUUUAAUUGAAUGCAAUAAAGAUAUUCCAGGGAUCUCUGAGAUCAGUUGGAUUAUUCAUGUGGUUAAUUCCCCGGAUAUAAAUGCCUUUGUGCUUCCAAAUGGACAUGUGUUUGUCUUUACUGGGCUUCUUAAUGGUGUGUCUGAUAUUCAUCAACUUUCCUUCAUUCUGGGCCAUGAAAUAGCACAUGCAAUACUUGAGCAUGCUGCAGAAAAGGCCAGCAUGGUUCAUCUGUGGGAUUUCCUAGGUCUGAUUUUUCUCACAAUGAUUUGGGCUGUUUGUCCUCGAGAUAGUUUGGCAAUUUUGGGCCAGUGGUUACAGUCUAAAAUGAAAGAGUAUUUGUUUAGUAGACCGUACAGUAGAACAUUGGAGGCCGAAGCUGACAAAAUUGGACUACUAAUUGCUGCAAAGGCUUGUGUGGAUGUCAGAGCCAGUGCAGUGUUUUGGCAGCAGAUGGAACUGGCAGAUGCCCUCUCUGGUCAUCCCAAGUUGCCAGAAUGGUUAUCCACACACCCUUCUCAUGGAAAUCGAGUUGAGCACUUGGAUAGACUCAUACCUGAGGCUCUAAAAAUUAGAGAGAGCUGUAACUGCCCACCGCUCUCUGGACCAGACCCUCGAUUAGUGUUCAAACUCACCGUGAAGCAUUUUCUUGAAGAAUCAGAGAAGAAGAACCUAAAUACCACUGUUGAGAAACAGAAAGUGGAUAUUGUUCCCAUUAAAAAACAGAAGCAAAUACCAUUAACACAAAUAGUUGAGAAAAGACCUAGCAGUUGAAUUGAAAUGUGAGACAACGGAGAUAAGAAGAAGACAGCAAUCCUUACCAUUUUUAUGUUACUUAAAAAAAAGGUGCGAAAUGAAAAAGAAUUGAUAUUCACAGUGAAAUCAUGUAUAUUAUAGGUGUUAACCUAAAUUCUUGUAGGUAUUUUU